GUUGGAGGAUGUGUUACGUUACGUUGUUUACGCAACUUCAAGGGCGGAAGUUGAGCCGCCGUCAUUUGCGGACGUUUUAAACGCAAGUACACGUGAAAGAACAACAACAACAACAACAACAACAUGGCGACGUCCGCCCUGCUUGGCAAACUCCGAGUGGCCGGACUUUGUCGCAAGUGGUGCUCCUCCCGCGCGUUCGCGUGCACGGAUCUCCUGCCCGGCACGGUGGACCGGUUCGGGGGAGUCACGGUGGACCUGGCCGGCGUCGAUCUGCCGCAGGACAUAAGCGAAAAUGCUUUUGGAGCCCUACUGACAGAUUCGUUGGCCCGCUGGAAAUCGGAGGGCAAGGUGGCCGUGUGGCUCCGCGUCCCCAUCGCGAUGAGCCGGCUGGCCGGCGCCGCCUCGGCCCGCGGCUUCACCUUCCACCACGCGCGGGACCGCCACGCCGUCCUGGCGCUCUGGAUGGGCCGAGGCGAAAGCAGGCUGCCCCGCUUCGCCACGCACCAGGUCGGAGUGGCCGGCGCAGUGGUUGACGAGUCAAACGGAAAAGUUCUCGUGGUGCAGGACAAGAACAAGACGAGAAACACCUGGAAGUUCCCCGGCGGGCUGUCGGAUCCCGGGGAGAAUAUCGGGGCGACGGCGGUGCGGGAAGUCCUGGAGGAAACGGGCGUCCGAUCCGAGUUCCGAUCGCUGCUGAGCAUCCGCCAGCAGCACGACCACCCGGGCGCCUUCGGCAUGUCCGACUUGUACGUCAUCUGCCGCCUCAGCCCGCUCAGCUACGACAUCCACUUCUGCACGCACGAGUGCGAGCGCUGCGAGUGGCUCGGCCUGGCCGAGCUGGCGCGUGCCGCCGACACCACGCCAAUCACCGCCCGGGUGGCCGGGCUACUGCUGCACGGCCUGGAGCGCGGCUUCGAGCGCAUCGACCUGGGCAUGGAGGAGCUCCCUGCCGUCUACUCGGGGGCGUUUUACCAGCUCUACUAUCGACAGGUUCCUCCAUCUUAGC